AUGGCGUCGCACAUCGACCUAGCCGAAUACCUCUUCCGGAGGGUUCGUCAGGUCGGAAUCAAGUCGGUCCAUGGCGUUCCCGGAGACUAUAACUUGACCGCACUGGACUACAUUGAACCUGCCGGUCUUGAUUGGGUCGGAAAUGCCAACGAACUAAAUGCUGGGUAUGCUGCGGAUGGCUACGCCAGGAUCAGAGGAGUGUCAGCUCUUGUCACUGCCUUUGGUGUCGGCGAGCUGUCAGCCAUCAAUGCCAUUGCCGGAGCAUACAGCGAGAUGGCACCAGUCAUUCACAUUGUCGGCACAGCCCCGACUAAUGUGCAGGACAACGGGUUGUGCAUGCAUCAUUCGCUCGGAGACGGCAACUUCAGAAUCUUCGCCGAGAUGUACGCGAAGAUCACCGUGGCCCAGGCCAAUCUGAGGGAUCCAAAUACUGCACCGGCGCAGAUUGAUCGGUGCAUCAGAGAAUGUGUCCUGCAAAGCCGACCAGUUUAUCUUGAAUUGCCCACCAACAUGGUGAAGGCCCAGGUUUCAGCAGCGGCCCUUGAUGUGCCCAUUGAUCUUUCGAUCUCACUGAAUGACGAAGGUUUCGAAGACACCGAAGUCGAGCUGAUCCUUAACAAAAUGUACUCGUCCAAACAGCCCUUGAUUGUCGUCGACGGAUGCACAUCAAGGUACGGCGUAAGCAAGGAAGCCGAUGAACUGGUCCGAGUGACCGGGUUUCCAACUUCGACUACCCCCUUUGGUAAGGGGAUUGUCAACGAGACAUAUCCCAACUUCUAUGGGAUUUAUGCCGGUAUUGCUGGCAAUGAAAUAUAUAUGCCUUGGGCACGAGGCUGUGAUCUGGUCAUCAAAUUGGGUCCCUUAGAAAGUGAUGUCAACACCUUCGGGUUCAGCACUAUCCCGGACCCAAAGUCAGCGAUUGUUUUCCACCGGGACCACGUCGAGAUUGGCGGUAUCAAAUAUCACAAUCUGCAUAUCAAGUCUCUCCUGCGCAAAAUCCUCUCGAAGUUGGAGAAGGACAAACUCCCCAAGUACAGCCCGUCCAUGGACCUCGGCCACCCGGAAUUGGAGUUGAUAGCCCUGCCCCCAGCCGGCGAGGACGACGAGAUCGAUCAAGCUACAUUCUGGCGGCGAAUCUCGAAGUUUUUCCGCUCGGGGGACAUCGUAAUGGUGGAGACGGGCACGGCGUCAAUCGGAUGUCGAGAUAUGGUGCUUCCUGCACAUACCUCACUCAUCAAUUCUUGCAUAUGGCUGUCCAUCGGCUACAUGCUACCAGCAUCUCAGGGCGCCGCUUUGGCUCAACGAGAGAUGAUUGCAGAAGGUAAGCGCCGCAAGGGACGCACUAUUCUUAUUGAGGGCGAUGGCAGCCUGCAAAUGACGGCCCAAUCCAUCAGCGACAUGAUCCGGAAUCGUGUUGAUCUGACCAUUUUCGUCAUCAACAAUGAUGGAUACGUGAUUGAGAGAUGGAUCCACGGCAUGAAGGCGGGCUACAACGACAUCCAGCCGUGGAGAUACCUCGAGGCACCAAGCUAUUUUGGGGCACCCAAGAACGACCCUGCAUAUCCCGUGGUGACCAAGCGAGCUGAAACUUGGGGUCAGUUGAAGGAGAUUUUGGCGGAGCCGGGCCUCCAGGCCGGCAAGGGCCUCAACAUUGUCGAGGUGAUGAUGGACCGAGAAGAUGCACCCGACACGCUGAAAAAGCUAGUCCAAAGCACUUCGCGGAGAAAUAGUGGUGAAGCCGAACGUUCCCAGCCGCGCCAAUCUAUGAGCCACGAGGAGAAGGUCAUGAAAGUUCCUGGAUAA